AUGGGCGAAUCGAGCGUCGACUUACGUCGCUGUUCUAGCGGCCUGCACAAACAUCCGGGAGGAACGAGCCUCUCCAGGGCGCGGGAGCUCCACCGCGCUUGGGCUUGUCAUCCCAAGAGCCGUGGCGAUUUCCUGGUGUGGAACAGGGUGAUUGAGAUGUAUGGGCGGUGUGGGAGCGUGGCGCUGGCCAGGCAGGUGUUUGAUUCCAUCCCUCUCGAUCGCAGGGACUGCUUCUCGUGGGGAAUGCUUCUCUUGGCGUGCUCCAGGAAUGGCCGUGUCGACGAUGCCAGGCGGGUGUUUGAUGCGAUGCCGGAGCGGGAUGUGGCGUGCUGGAAUUCAAUGCUGGAUGCCUACCUUAGAACUGGCAAGUUUGGAUCUGCAAAAGAGAUUUUUUCCCAGAUGCCCGAGAGGAAUCUUGUGUCGUGGACUGCUAUGGUUGCAGCAAAUGCCAGAAAUGGAGAUCUAGAAUAUGCUUUGAGCUUACUGGAAAGAAUGCCAUGCUGGAGUCUGAUGGUCUGGAACUCGCUCUUUUCAGCAAUAUGUGACAUAUUCUGUAUAAGAGAAUGCAAAUUUGUUUUUUAUUCAAUGCCGAGAAAAGAUCUGAUCUCGUGGAACGCAAUGCUUCAGGCACAUGCCCAACACGGGCAUUUGGAAGACUGUCUUGAAAGCUUUGAAAAGAUGCCAGUGAGGAAUCUUAUUUCCUGGAACACACUUUUGUUCGCAGCGGCGAGCCAUGACAGCCUUGAGAUGGCGAGAAAAUUCUUUCGUGAUAUGCCAGAGAGGGAUUUGGUUUCGUGGAAUUCGCUGCUAUCGGCAUGCAGCGAUCUGGAAUCCGCAAAAAGGGUAUUUGAUGCAAUGCCGGCAAGGAACUCGGUUUCUUGGAAUUCACUCCUGGGGAUAUAUACUCGCUGCGCCUCUGUAGAUGAAGCAAAGGAUCUCUUUGAUCAAAUGCCCGAACGGGAUUGUGUGUCCUGGAAUCUAAUGCUCUCAGUGCUUUCCUUGGCAGGGAAACUUGACUCGAUCCUGCUACUCUUCGAUCGCAUGGAAGAAAAGAAUUUCGCCUCUCUGGCCACGAUGAUCUCUGCUCAUUCCCAAGCUGGGAAUGUGAUCCAAGCCGAGAAUCUCUUUGCUCAAACUCCAGAGAUCAAUCUCGUCCUUGCGACCGCAAUGCUGAGCGCUUAUGCCCAAAACGGGCAUCUCAACGCUGCCAAGCGUUUGUUUGCCACGAUCCCAGAGAUGAGCGUCGUGACGCUUAACGCGAUGCUGACUGGACUGUGUGCCGCGGGUGAUGUGGCGCUGGCUCAGCAGCUUCUGGACCAAUCGCCGUGCAGGGAUCUUGUGAGCUGGACGUCCUUGCUGGCGGGCUAUGCCCAGCACGGUCAUGUCGACGUGGCACGGAGCUUGUUCGACGCUAUGCCAUGUCACAGCUCUGUGACGUGGAAUGCCAUGCUGUCGGCAUAUGCCCAGAACGGGUUCGCCGACGAGGCGAGACUAGUCUUUGCUGGUAUGCCACAUCGGAGCCAGGUGGCGUGGCGGGCGAUGGUGUGUGCCUACGCGCAGAACGGGCGGGUGGACGCGGCGGAGCGCCUGAGCUUGGCUAUGCCGGAGCAGCAUUGUGUGUCUUCUUGCGCGGCGCUGCUCGUUUGCUACGCCCACACCCGUGAUCUAGCAGAAUUCCUCCACGAAUUCGAGAGAUUGGGAGCUCUGGGCAUGGCGGACGGGAUGUUCUUCACGGCCUUUCUCGUGGCUUGCAGCCGCUGGGGGCGGGUCUACGAUGGGCGAUGCUGCUUCGCAGCGAUGAGCAUGGAUCAUGGGAUUACGCCCGGGAAGCAGCACUAUAGCUGCGUGGUGGACCUCCUGGCGCGAUCGGGUCACUUGGGCGAUGCCGAGGAGCUGAUGCGGUCCAUGCCCUGGAUCCCCGAUGCGAUCGAUUGGGGAUGCCUGGCUGGAGCGUGCCGGAUCUACAGCGAUCCGGGCAGGGGAGUGAUUGCUGCUCAGCGCCUGAUCUCCCACGAUCCUGGAUCCUUCGCGUGGAUCUCUCUCGCCAACAGUUUCUCCUUGGCAAGAUCUACACCUAGAGUAAAGCCCGACAGGGCAAAGAAGAGUUUCUUUCAUCACACUCGAUUGAUCGACCGAGGAGAAACUUAUUCCUUGGAUCAAACAAAACCCGAGAAAGAAAGGCGACUAGAUCUGCGCGAAUCUAGUUCGUGGACUGGAGGUAGGCCUCGAUCGCCUUGA